CACUGUGUUAUUUUGUGCUGCUUGCCAUUACCGUUCACCCAACUUGCUAACCGGCGCUAGACGAGAUAUAAUGCGAAUUUCGAGUAAAUUAUGGCAUCGAAACCCGUGAAACCGCGUCCCAUUUCAGUUUUAACCACUUGUCGUGUGGUAGCAGCUUCAGAUUUCUAGUUCUUAAAUGGUGAAGUCAGAGUGCCGGACAAUGCUAGCCAGUUAGCCCGGGUCUAUUGCUAGCUGAGCUAAGGAAGUUAGCCAGUUAGCUAUAGGAGUAAGCCGCGUCAGCUUGCGGCUGAUAUCUUGUUUAGCGCAUUUCAGGACCUCUGUUAGCAGUUUAAGCGGUACCAUAACGAAAACAUGAACUUGUAGCAUCACCGGUGUCAAGUACAAAAGACUGAAACUUCUAUAAUCCGCUUUUAAAAUGAAGAGUCAACAGUGUUUGUUUUGAGCCGCUGGUUUUGUGCAAACGCUGCUCUUUUGAUUUGACAAAGGACCUGAGUUUCUGUCUUCAUUUCUACACCCCUUCACAUCUGGUGGUGGGGCAGCUUCUUUCAAUGGCCCCGCAGAAGCACAGCUCCUCAGGUGGAAGCCACCCGGUGGGGUUUGGUUCUGGAGCAAAAGCCAACGGGUCGUACCAGCCGUCCUCCUCUGCGACGGCUGCAGCCAAGAAGCCCAACAUGCAACUAAUUCAAGCCGACCACGAGUUGUUCCUGCAGGCCUUCGAGAAACCUACCCAAAUCUACAGGUUCCUCCGCACCAGGAACUUGAUCGCUCCCAUAUUCUUGCACAGGACACUCACCUAUAUGUCCCACAGAAACUCAAGGAAUAACAUCAAAAGGAAAAGCUCCAAGGUUGACAAUCUGUUGUUCAAAGUGGAAAAGAUGAGAGGCGAACAGGAGACUCACAGCUCGGCCUCUAAUCUUCAGCUCACCUUUACUGGCUUCUUUCAUAAAGAUGGGAAGCCAUCUCAGGACAGUGAGAAUGAGCAGAACUCUGUAUCUCUGGAGGUGCGGCUGGUCAAAGUCUGUCACAAGAAGAGAAAGGAUGUGAGCUGCCCCGUAAAGCAGGUCCCUACAGGGAAGAAGCAGGUUCCUCUGAACCCGGACACGAGCGCUGGAGUCCAGGCCAAGCCAGGCUCCUUCGCCUCCCUGCUGGUUCCCAGCAGCGAGUUUGAACCCAGCAAUUCUCACAUGGUCAAGUCUUACUCGCUGCUCUUCAGGGUAUCAAGGCCCGGACACCCCCGGACACAGAUCAACGGCCUGGCCAACGGAGAGAAUCACCACGACAGAGAUUUUACAGAGGAAGUGGUGAACAGGAAGAGGAGGAGCUCCUCUCUCAGGGAGGAGGGAGAAACCACAUUUGUGGCCCAGAUGACGGUCUUUGAUAAAAACAGACGUCUGCAGUUGUUAGAUGGGGAGUAUGAGGUGUCUAUGCAAGAGAUGGAGGAGUGUCCUAUCAAUAAGAAGAGGGCAACAUGGGAGACCAUCCUGGACGGAAAGUGUUUGCCUCCAUUUGAGAGUUUCUCUCAGGGUCCCACCCUGCAGUUCACCCUGCGCUGGACCAGCAACUCCUCUGAUCGCUCCACCGCCCCCGUGGCUAAACCUCUGGCCACCCGCAACUCUGAGACCAACCAGGACACCAGACCCAGCACCCCGAGAGCCACACACACACUCGGUGAGCAAGAAAUUAGAUUUUUCAUGUGGCAAAAAAGGUUUGUUUGCUUUUUAAACGUGAGUGAUGGUGUAUUUCUCCUCUGUGCUGCAGCUGUUAAAGAAUCCAUAAAUGCUGACGUGCAAACCAGAAGAGAACAAAUAUCAGCUGAUCUGCGACAGAAACUACGCAUCUUCUACCAGUUCCAGUACAACCACAACACGCGGCAGCAGACGGAGGCCAGAGACGACCUCCACUGUCCCUGGUGUACCCUCAACUGCAGGAAGCUCUACAGUCUGAUUAAACACCUCAAACUGUCUCACUCCCGCUUCAUCUUCAACUACGUGCCCCAUCCUAAAGGAGCGAAGAUCGAGGUCUCCAUCAACGAGAGUUAUGAUGGUUCAUAUGCAGGAAACCCUCAGGACAUCCACAACCAGCCGGGCUUCGCUUUCAGCAGGAACGGCCCGGUUAAGAGGACCUCUGUCACCCACAUUCUCACCUGCAGACCCAAGAGGACGAAGGCGAGUCUGUCCGAGUUUCUGGAGUCGGAGGACGGCGAUCGGGAGCAGCAGAGGACGCUCAUCAGCGGACACAACCGCCUCUACUUCCACAGCGACAGCUGCGUGCCGCUACGGCCUCAGGAGAUGGAAGCGGACAGCGAGGACGAGAGGGACCCCGACUGGCUCAAAGAGAAUACCGUCAAGCAAAUCGAGGAGUUCACCGACGUCAACGAGGGGGAGAAGGAGAUCAUGAAGCUGUGGAACCUCCACGUCAUGAAGCAUGGCUUUAUAGCGGACAAUCAGAUGAACAAGGCCUGCCUGCUGUUUGCCGAAAACCACGCCGCCCACAUCGUCAAACACAAGCUGUAUCGCAACUUCCUGCUGCACCUGAUCAGCAUGCACGACUUCAACCUGGUCAGCACGCUGACCAUCGACCAGGCCAUGGCCCGGAUCCGCUUCAUCAAGAGCCAGGCCGCACAGAGAGGCAAGGACGAUGAGGAGGAGGAGGAGGAGGAAGAAGAAGAGGACUGGGAGACGGCUGUGGAGUCCCAACCAGAGCUGGAUCCAGAUCCCGAUCUUGAUCCAUCUGAGUAUAAACCCUGUAGUGAUGAGACUAGUAACGGCUGCCUGGAGAAUGGAAACCAGCUGCAGGAGGAGGAGGAGGAGGCGGGUGGAGGAACUGUGACGGAGAGGUCGACCACCAAGCAGAAACUCUCCGGUUCUGUUAUAAACUGACUGCUCAAUCGGAGAAUCACAAAGAUAGUUUUUUCAUUUACAUCAGGUAGACCCUUCAGAGGGGUUUAUCAUUUCAUUACUUGGGGAAGGUGAGGAGUUUCGGAAAACGUGAAGCUAAGAAUCACCAUUAUUUUCUUGUGUCCUCACAGAAACCGUAGAUGUAACAACCGGGUUUUAGUUCAUAAUCAAUUUCCUGGCCUGUGAGGAGCCACGGCGGCCGCAUCCUUUUCCUUUUUAAUAACCAGCCCACAAAGUUUAUUAACGACGGAACAAGCACAAGACACAUUCACCCUUUAGUUUGCAUUUGUAGGGACCCAUUUUGUAGAGUUAAAAGAUAAAGCUGGCGAUAUUCUGUAUUUUACUUAUUGUCAAAAAAAUCCCCAUUAAGAUCAAAACUAAUCAUGUCUCUUACUUACCAAAUCUUUAAAAAAAAAACAACUAGAAAGGCUCAGGAAUUUCCUGAAACAGCUGCUCACUGUAGUUUUUAUAACCAAACAGGAGGAAAUUGGGCAUUUGUUGGGGUCUAUUUUCAGCGGCGGAUGAAUCCACAUGCAGCGCUCUAAUGAGUAUUUGGGACUGAGUCAGAUUAAACUGAAGUGUUUAAGCUCUACGGCUCAGAGGAAGAAGAGACAUCAGGCUGUGAGAAACACAGGACUUGUUUGUAGAUAACAGUGUUGUUUUUGGUCUUUUCAUGGGAUUUGAUGACAACUCUAUGUAGAAUAUGACCAGACUUUCUCCUUUUUGGACAAGCGUUUUGCAAAAAAAAGUUUGAUAUCUGCUUUUACAUCUUUCUGCAGCUGUUUUGACAGACUCUUCUGACAUCAGCCCAACAUGUUACUCGGUGUUUGUUCACCCACGCAAUUGUAUUCUCUGGUGCUCUCUUAUAUUCAUCUACGUUUUCAAACCUGCCUCUGCUCGCCCUCAUAUGUUCGAUCCGUGUUGUGCUCGCUCCAUCGUUCAGGAAACAAACCUCAGAUGGGAUCGUGUCUUUCGUCUUCCUCCGUGUGAAGCACCAAUCAGUGUGACCCUGCAGCCGCACUCCGCUCCACCAAAGGUUUUACUGAGUUUAACGGUUAAUGGUCUCAGAUGUCUAUCAGGUCUCGGAUCGAGUGUCUAGUUGCCAGGUGAUCAGGACUUUUACUGGUUGUCCGCGUGUAUAAUCGGGUCUCUAAGACUCUGAUCAGGUCUUUCUACAACCUCUGUACCUGUACAGAACCUCAACAGCUCUGCUGCGGCACACACUCUUAUCUUAUCCAUCUGAUCAACAGUAUAUAUAUAUAUAUUGAUAUUUAUUAUAUUGUUCACUUUUUUUAAGGACUUGAGUUGAAUACAAACCCACUCGCACAGCUGUGAUCAGAUGUUAUGCAUAUCACAGUACUACAUUCCUGUUUGAGGGCUCAGACUGAGUUUCUAACACUGUUGAAACACAGAGAAAUCAAAUGUAUUCACUAAAACUCAGAACUAGGACACUUCCAGUGCAGUUUCUGCUGCCGGUGCUAUAUCUUUUUACUCCUCAGAAACACAUUUGGAAGCGUCUCGGCUCCUUUUUACACUUACAGCGAUUUCUACUGCCAGCAUUCAGACGCCAAGAUGCAUUACGGACUUGUUUUCCUCCAGGACAACAAAACUGUGUCGCAUUUGAUGCGCCGCCUCCUCAGAAAAACACAAUUCAAGGCCCAAUGCGGUGCGAAGGGAUGCUGAAUUGCAAAGUUUGGACGCAACACGAGCAUGUCCUUUUGUGAAGUCGGUCUUUGUGCGUUAGUCGCUCCUUUCGUUUUGUCUCUGUGAGGGUGAAGUCGAGAAGCGUAGAUGGUCGAAUUCCUGGAGAAGAUGCAGGUUGAGUCCUCACGAAGCCACGCUCGUGCCGAAGCGGUUAUUCGACUUGUCUAAACCGACUGUUUUUCCAGGUGCUGGUUCCAGUUUCUGUAACGUGAGAAAUUAAUGCUUUUUUUUCAAAUCACGUCAGAAUACUUUUAGGAGUUUUGGACCUUUGGUUACACACAAGUGCGACGGGAACUGCCGAUCUGCAUUUUGCUUUAAUUUAUCGUCUAUAUGAUUAGUUGACAAAAUAAUUCAUUAAAAUGAAAAGUUGCUGCCCACCUUCAGAGGAGGCAGAGCUGGAAACAGGUGAAAGUCAUCAACAUGAACUGAAACUGAGCAAUUUCUCCUCUAUUUUAUUAAUUUCUCUGCUGUUUUUUGGUUUAUUUUCCCUCCUGUUGCAGCCCCUGCCGUUAUGUACAUAAGACUCUGUAAUAAAUUAGCUUUGGAAUGUGGAUUUGUGGAAACCUGAACACCACCCGGGAAGUUUUGUCAUUUUAAUUUGCAGACCAUAGGGGAUGGAUUUGCUCUUGUUUAUUGUCUCCUUUGAAAAUGCUUUAUGUAAAAAAAAAACAAAAAAAAAACACAAAAAACAAAGACUCAGGCUGAAUCUCUGAUCUCGCCAUCUGACCCGCUGUCACUACCUGUAAGCGAUCUCAAGUCUCAGUGAGACAAAAAAGCACAAUGUCCAGAUGCUACCAACCAUUGAUGCACCAACGCAGGAACUGAUGCAGAGAUAUUUUGAGGUUUGAUGGGAUUUAUUUGUAACUUCUCAUGUUGUGAUCUUUUAAAAAGCUUUACAUCAGUCAGAAGUGUGAUGGUGACUAAUCCAGCGGGCUGUGGACGUGACAGCUCUGAGCGACUUUCUGUUUCUGACGGAGCCCGCUGUUGGUUUAGUUUGUUUUUUUUUGUUUCAUUCACACGAGACCAGCAGCGUUUUGCACAAGAUGGGAGGAGCCAUGUCAAGAAAAACUUUUCUUCAACAGUUUCUGUAAACCAGCUUGACAUUGUGAACUUUUAAGUUGAGUCAGAGUGUUUUUCUAUUAAAAGAACAAAUUUGUACUAUUGUU